GUGACGGGCAUUUCCGGAAAGUAUCGAAACGCAGAGGGCAUGUCAUCGACGCCGCCUCGACCGCCGCAGCCUAAUCGUCCGCCUCAGCCACCACAACCUCCUCGUCCUCCUCAACCGCCCCACCCGCCCCACGGUCUGAACCCACCCCAGCCGCCGUCUCAGGCAGUCUCGUUGUCGGCUCAGCCUUCAAAGCUAUCGGAACCUUUGCAGGGAUGGCACUCACGGAGGGACGAGUUCUCAGAAGGCGGACAAGGACCGCCGUCCACUGCCUCCGGAUCGCCAAAGUCAGCCAACAGACGGGCACCGCGCCGGAGACAGCAAGCUCCUCCGAAUGAGCAUUCACCAAACCGUAGCGGAGUUAGUGAGUUGCGGACCCUGACGAUUGCACCCGAUGACAGAGAUGAUGCAGCAACCGCAGACAGCAGAGCGAACGAUGGAAGACAACCGCGCGUGGAAAGAAGCUUGGCAGGCCGCGCGGAAGGGGGUUCCGGCACCAGGGUCGAGAGAUCCGGCUCGGGAUCAGGUCAACAUUCCCGUCGUGGAGGGCAACACGACCGUCAGAGAGACCCGGAUGGUGAGCGUGACCGCGACCGUGACCGUGACCGUGAGAGGGGAGACCAACGUGGAAGGGGCAGAGACAAGGGAAGGAAAAAUGCGGAAAACGGUCCAUUGCUGGAAAGGAGACCGCAAUCCGGCGGCGGUGGCGGACAACUCUCGAAGCCCACCAUAAUGCCGACAGGUCUCUUACUCAGAAGGCCCCCAGCACAAGCGAUAGCAGGGCAACCCGAACAUCACUCAACCCCAACAGGUACAAAGCUUGCAGACGAGCCAGCCCAUAUUCACGAGCCGCAAAGACUGUACGCGCAGCAGCAACUACCCAUCACAGCAACUCGAACGCAUAAGCUUGUGGACCAAUAUUUUCGGUUCCAGACCUCAGAGGCCAUACAUCGCUCCUUAUCCGAGAUACCCGGCUCCUUUAUUGUCGGUGUCAUUGGUCCGAGAGACUCCGGCAAAAGCACUCUCGUCUCCCACUUCUUGAACCCGACGGCAAGUCCGUCGUCGCAGUUGCCCACAGCAGGGAUCGAUCUACACAUAACACCAGAGCGUGUAGUAAUUCUGGAUUCGCAGUCGCUGGUAGGACAUACCCCUUCAACACAGCAGUUGGGAAGGCAGGAUACCAUGGAGUCGAUCAGGGUUGCCACGUUCAUGUUUACAGUCUGUCACGUAUUACUCAUCGUGAGCCCAUCACUGAAUAGCGACGGAGCUAACCUCACCGCUGAGGAAGAGCUCGAGAAUAUUCAGCCUCUGUUGUUGCAGAGUGCAUCGCGCAGCGGUCUUACGGAAUUCGCGAAUGGAGGGGAUGCGACCACGCACAAGCGGCAGCAAUCUUUCCGGCACCUCGUCGACGAAGAUACGUUCUCGUUUCUUCACCGAGUUGAGGCUUUGCGGCAUCGUCUGUUUCCAUCAUCCAGUGGCAACAAGGACGAAGCACGUCCCCAGCUCGUGUUUGUGAGGACGAACUGCACCGGACCAGCCUAUGAAAGACAUGCGCUUGCUUUGACGGAAAAAGCAUUUGUGGCCAGAUUCAAGGGGGCGCGAGCGGGAGUGUCGGGGCAUCCGACGAUCGGACUGAGACACGCGUUUCCCAAGAUGUACCCGCCGUCGGAUGCCAACAUCAAUAGCAUUGGAACUUCUCAAGGAAAUGUUUUCCUACUUCCUCGAAUAUCAGAAAACUCACAAGACUCAGAGAAUACCGCGCCAGAUGUCAGCAUGAGUCCUCGAAAACGGCGAUCCCUCGCAUCUCGCCUGAUUGGUUUUGGCAUUCCCGCGCGCUAUGAUACCCUGGCGUCCAUCCUUCUCACUCAGGUUUACGAGACGCCUCGCUACGUACCCUCGACCCCCGCUCCUACGCCUACAAGUAAACUCUCCCGGGCUGGCAGUCAUACAGAUACCCAACAGCAGAAUACCCACACUACUACGAGCACCAUGAAUCCGGAAGGCGGGGUUGAUCAGCCUGCUGUACAGAUGAACAUGACACCUCAUGCCUCACCACCAGCUGCUUCGGUGCUGGGCAGGAGGAAGGGUCUUGGCCCACACGAGCAGGUGGCAACAUCACCUCUACCAAGCCAGACACAUUCGAACCACAGCGGAAGACCAGGGAUGACGUCGGCACCUUCGGAGACACCAACGUCGUCUAAGGCGCAUCUGACUAGCGCCGGAGCUUCAUCUUUUACUCCAUCUGGCGUUCCUGCUUGGUAUCUGAUGUCAGAGAGGGAGUGGUACAAAGCGGCGGCGAAGACGUGGGAGAUUGUGAGAAAGGCCGAUAUGGCUGCUGAGUGGGUGAGAGCCGGAAAGUAGAAAUUCUGCGCACGCAAGUGCCCGCGAGUUUCCAUGGAUUUGCACCAAUUGUAUAUAUCUUGCAUAGUCUUGUACAUAUCUGAGUCUCCAUCGUAGAUUUAAGCCCUUAUUUCUCUUGUCAGCU